GCACUUUUCUGUUCUACCCUUAUGAAUGCUUUUUUUUAGGCUUGGAUAGUUGGAUUAUGUUUAAAAAAAUUUUUUUUACUGUACAUAGCACUGAAAUUGACAGCACAUUUAAAAGUGAAUCUCCAUAAAGCAUUUUUUUCAAUAGACUGUGUUAAACACUUAACGAAGGCACAUCAUUUUAAGUAUGCGAGUAUCUCGACGGUGAAAGUGAGGGUAUUUUUUUCCCCGUACUCCUCAGCCGAGACACUCACACUGCCACGGUGAUGUGAUCGUUCGGAAUAAGUAUAGCCGAGGCCAUUCUCUUCUCCGAGUGGCUCCAGGCCAAGACUCGCCAGUGAGUGAGACUGAAUGUGUAACAAUAGGAAUUAACCAUAAAACAAUACGUUCGUCCUUCGGGAGCCGCUAACUUCUGGUACUCGUUCCGUUCUCAGACCGAACUACUGUUGUGCGAUUUUACAUGCUAGACCAGGUUUUGUUCCAUUCUAACUGAAUAAUUGAUAUUGAGGGACUUGAGGUAUGAAAUCUGCAGUUUAAAAGAGGCCAGAGCUGGAGUCCGGGGCUGAUGGGAGCAUGGCUGGAGGUGGCAAGAGAGUUUCUGCUCUACUUUCUGUUUUUAGACAGCACUAAAAGCAUAAGAUAAGUGUAAGAGAAGUCUGCUUUUAAAGUAAAAGAGCUCCUGGAAUCCAAUAAAUCCUUUUCUUGCUUUAACCUAGUGUGUGAAGUGGGUCCUUUAUUAGUGGGUUGUAUGACCUUGACCUCCAAAGUUGGAGGGAUUCUUAAAAAAUAACACCUACUGAAUAACUGCAUUAAUAAAAGAUGAAAAAUGUCCUCAAAGAUGUCGGAACCAUCCGUCAGUCCAUCCAUCCAUUUUCCAAACCACUUUUCCUACACAGGGUCACGGGGAGCCUGGAGCCUAUGUACUGUACUGCCUAUGUACCUGGUACUGUCGCUGUUCGGAUCAAUAAAGUACUUUCUAGCUCCAUCUCUAUCGCGGUAAUUCAGAGGAGUGUGUCAAGGCCUCAGAACGUGACUCACGUGAUUUAUGUGUGCUGGUGAUGCGUACAAACAGAAAGACACACAAGAUGCGUGUUCAGACAUAUUCGUGCGAAGAUGCAUGCGCAUGUGCUAACUUGGGGAAGUUUUUCAACAUGACAAAAUAUCACUGGUGGAAUGGAAACUAUUGAAGCCACUGAAAGGUCCAAAAUCAUGGUGUCACUGUUCCUGCUGUCCCUACCUCUGCUCCCUGUGAUCAUCACACUUUGUCGCUCACCACUGCGGGCUCUUUAUCAUCGUGUGUGUGAGAGAGUGCUGAAGGUCCUGCGUGGGAAAGUAUGUGUCAGACGCACACAUGCCUACAUCUUCUGUGAGUGUACUCACGGCCAGGCUGAAAGCGUGCUGGCCUCGUUCGACCUUUACAUCAAAACGCACGCUUCUUUCAGCAUCGGGCCAGAAAAAGGUGUGUUCCUGGACGAGGUGGUACGACGCGAGGCUCCACUCAGGGUGCUGGAGUUGGGCAUGCACUGUGGCUACACCUCCGUCCGAAUACUGCGCCUGCUUCCCACCUCCGGCACACUGCUCACGGUGGAGGUGGACCCGCUUACUGCCGAGAAAGGCGAGGAGAUCCUACUUGUCGCAGGUUUCAAAAACUCACAGUUCCAGGUGCUACCCUGCUCCUCAGCUGAAGCCAUCUCCAGGUUAGCAUCUCACCUCGGUGAGGACCUUUUGGACCUAGUGGUGAUGGAUCAUGACCCUGAGCAGUAUCUCCCAGACCUUCUGGCCCUUCAGAGAGAGAAUCUGCUCUCUAAGCGGAGUGUCCUCAUAUUAAACAGAGUUGCGGAAGCCGGAGCUCGGGUCGUGCUGGAGUACCUCACCACCAAGCCACAUGACUACACCGUGCACCAGCGGUUUAAAGACAUGCUGGAGAUCCGCUGCGGGAAUUCUGAGUCGUUUUAAACAUCACAUCGUGUAACAGAUCAAAAAAAUGUCCUCGAACCGUCUCAUUAUUGUUAUUUAUUUCGUUUCAAAGUAUAUUAUUAAGUGAUUGUUACAAAUUUUGGAACUAAAUAGAGAUUAGUUGAAAUUAGUGUGCAGUUACUUGAGGGAAGACCGUAAUCUGGACGCACCAACAAGUGAACAAAGCUCUGUUUUUAAUAUCAUCACCUCUCCCUGUAAUGUUUUAAAAGACCCAGGGAAAAAGAUCUUGAACCAGUCCAUCAUGUAAAACAUUUCAAGCUUUUUAAUAUUCGUAUCUUUGUUCACGUGGACUGGUCGAAUCGUUUUCGACGAAGCUUUGCCGUCUUCUUCAUUUCAGAUCGCUAAUUACAAUUUUUUAAAACCCAAAUAAAGGGUUGAGUUUCAGUGUUUUCACUGCGAAUGCACUUCGCCUUGCAGGAGAUGAAGGUUGAAACGGAACGGUCUACACGAGAACAUUAUAAAUGAAUCGUGCAUCGCUUAAAUGAAAGAUGUCAUGUGAGACAUCAAAAACGAUGAGUUAAACUUAUUUGUCCUAAUUCAUAUUAAUCAUUAUUAUAAGAUGCAUUCUUCCCCCUCGACGUGAAAAACCUUCUUCAACCGGUAAAAAUAAUUUUUCUUUAAAUUGUUUUUUUCUAUUUCUGGUUUAACUUGUAAUCACAUGUCAAACUGCAUUAUGUCCACUAGAUGGCAGUGUUUUUUGAGAAUUGAUUUGUUUUGUUUAAUUUAAUUGGAACAGGUCACAUUUCAUGUGAAACUCGUGUGAAAUAUAUAUAAAAUAUACCUCACGGGGGACCAAGUGUGGAAAAAAUGUAGCUAAAUAUUUGCUGCUUAUCGUAAUCUUGAAUAUAGCAUCAAUGCGUUGUUUGAUACUGUAACAAAGUUUUUACAAUAUGGAUUACAAUAUGGCCACAACUCAGACGUUAGUUCCAUAUCUCUCGUUGCCAAGCUAGCACACCUCAGCAUUAUGCUGAGCCUCAUAUCUGUAAAAAUCACUUAGCUGUCCUUAGCCCAAAUGUAGUGUAAAGGAACGAAAUGCUGAGCAACUUUCCUCACUUUCACUCGCAUGUAUACCAGUCUGUCACAGCGUGAGGGUUCACAACGACCUCGACGGGAGGAUCUGCACGUGAAUGUAACGUUAACGGUCAAAAACUGGACCUGGCGUUAGCCUAGCCUACUUCGUGGGUGUGCAAAUAUCAACAGUUCAUUGACGUUCUUAAGAACAAACCAAGCCAUGGUAUGAUGCCUUCUAUACUAAGCUAAGGUCACCUACUAUUUAGGGAUCUAGUUACUGACUGUCUGAAUAAAAGCUCGCAUGUUCUGCUGCGCUUUUCUACACUUGGCUGCUGUCUCCAUUUCUUAUAGACUGAGCUGCUCAAAUAUAUCAACGAACUUGCGUUGAGUAUGGGCGCUACCAAGUGUACAAUUGGAGGGGGGGCACACACCGAUUUUCCUUAACAAACGGAAAUAUAUUAAAAAGGAAUAGACAUGAAUAAAUAGAAUAGAUGAAGAAAAGACAGAUCUGUUGGCAGGGUUCAUUAAAGGGGGGCAUAUAGAAAAUAGUUUGUACUGUAUAUUGGAGGGGGACAGAUUGGUAUUGCCUCAACACCGGUGGGGACACAACCCCCCCCCACCAAAGAAUGCGUGGUUACGCCCAUGCCGAAGUGGCACCUAGUCAUUACCCGAUAUGAUGAGAGAAAUGUUGUUGAAGUCUUAAUAUUAUAUUAUAUUAUAUGAGAGAAAUGUUGUUGAAGUGUUGAGUGAAUCAUUCGUAGACAUUUUCAAAACGCUAGGAUUCUUUGUAGAUCUUACAAAUCAAUAACCUGAGCUGCAAUUUAUAAACUUUUCUCUCACUCACUCGCUUUCAGUAACCACUUUAUAGGAUCCUAUAUAAGUAUGAUAUACGAUAUAUGAUCCUAUAUACACUAAAUACACUAUAUAUAAGCAUGAGGCGGGAAAACGUUUCUCCGAGCCACUCAAAUCUCUCUCUCUUUUAUUAAACAGGUCAGAUGUACUGAAGGAUAGGAUCAGAUUUGUUUGGAGAUUGCAUUAAAGUUUGAAUCCUGAAGGUGCCACAG